CAAGGGGUGGGGAAGAUAUCGCUCAAUAUCCAUCGAUUCCAAAAAUCAAACAAACAGUCAAUGUGAGGACGUUGCAAAGCCCGUGAGUCACAACGAUCUCCGAUGCUGCAAACUGUUUUUUCUCCUUCUUCUUCUUCUUUUUCUUCUUCGUGUGACAGCGUCGACGCCGUUGCCAUGUCGCUGCGAACCGCGAACUCCAGGGACUCACUGCUGACGUAAUAUCGAUUAUGUGAUUUUGGUGGGUUUUUUUUCUACUCACUUUGGACAAAAAUCACCCGGAGUCGGACCGUGCGCACUUUUUCUUCCUCUUUCUCUCUCGCUCGCUCCUCACCUCCCACCGUCUCUCUCUGCCUCCGCACAUCCAUUCUCCAUCCUCCCUUUCCUCACACACACACACACACACACACACACACACACACUGAUCUCCGUCUUACUUCGUGCCCCCCCACCCCCAAAAAAGCUUAAGGGACUUUCUUCUUCUUCUUCUUCUUCCUCUUUUACGACCAGCCCUCCUCCUUCAGCUGCCCGGGCGGAUUUUAUUAGGGACCCGGUUUAUUGCUCGCUCGCCGGUCUCGGGACUGUGCCGGCGGGGCUGCGUGAGGUUGGACGAAAUCGUGGAAAAGCCCACCACAGGUGAAAGGAGGGCUUCUUCUUUUUUUUUCAUUGUUGUCGUGUUUUUACGACGCUGCGGAACAAAUGAUUGAACACUCCGCGCAUUAACUCAACGCCAUCUCCAGAACACCGGCGCGCCGCGCGCUCCCUUUCCAAUGAGGCGCAGGACGUAAAAGAAACGCGUCAACACACCUCGGGACAACUGACGGCGCGUCGGCCAACUUGUGUUUCGCGAAUGAAUGAAUAUUCAACAGAGAGCCGUGCCUGAUUCGCCCAUCUGGAAUUCCUGAGGAAGAUGUGACCUUUUUCUUUUUUUUUGCGCGCACAAGGCGACCCGCGACUACCGAAUGAGCACGCCGCCGCUCUUCCUUGUCAGCCCCUCGAUCUCGACCCGUCUUGUCUUCUCCGUCCCUUGUUGGAUUACACGCGGAGAUAUGGGCACUGUGAGGGGCCGCGCCGGAUUGUGAGAUUUUAAACCCCUCGUCUGUUCGAUUCGUCUCCCUCGGGAGGAGAGCGCCUGUGCGCGUCCAAUGGCUCCGGUGUCGAGACGCAAAGACGCCAGUCGCUGGCCGAGAAUGUCGUCAACUUUCUGGGCUGUGGUGCUUCUGACAGCGCUGCUUGUUCUCUACUGCGGCCAGCUGGCAGCGGGGACAUGUGAGAUUGUGACGCUGGACAGGGACAGCAGCCAACCACGGCGGACCAUCGCCAGGCAGACGGCCCGCUGCGCCUGUAAGAAGGGCCAGAUCGCUGGGACUACAAGAGCCCGGCCCGCUUGUGUGGACGCUGGUAUUGUUCGGAAAAAGCAGUGGUGUGAGAUGGUGCCAUGUUUGGAGGAUGAAGGCUGUGACCUGUUAGUCAAUAAAUCCGGCUGGACUUGUACACAGCCCGGAGGCCGAGUCAAAACCACCACGGCUCUAUGACGCGACAAGAGACCCCCUCGACACUCUUGCACUAUGGAGAGCAUUGAUGACCCCUUGACAGGCAGCCAGACACCAUCCACCACCGACACCACCGACACCACAGCAACUCCACCAAAACCCUGGUCCCGCAAAGGCAGGAGGCAACACGGGAGCACCAGGGGGCCUCUCGGAGGCAGCAAGGUCUCAUAACACAGCAAGAGGCGGGGGGGGGGCCACCAGGGAGCGACUGUUUGAGGGAGCGAGCUCUCCCCCUGGACACUGGACAAAACUAGUCCCUGUACAACAGCUCCUCUCUCCUGUGACAAGGCUUCUCCGGGUUUGCGACUGCUCCCUCCUGCUAUCUGUCGUCGGGGUCAACGCGUUGCGUCCGCCUCCUCUCCACUCCUAUCUGCCUGCUCUGUGAGAAAAUAGCGGCGGGCGCUCGUGCCACGGAAGAAAACGGACACCGUUUAAAAAAAAAAAAAUAAAAUAAAAUCCAGCGAACGUUUUUUUGCCUCAUCGGGAAAAUGUUGCCUCCGUUCGGAGCGACUGCCUGCUCCGAAGCAAGGGGGACGUCCCCGAAUCGCUCGCAGACGGGAUCAUUGCCGACCGGACCCUGUCGCUUCUCACACCGACUCGCGGGGCCGUGAAAAAAAAAGGAAAAAGACGACGAACUGAGCGCUCCCUGCUGUGAAUAGGCCUUCUGCUGGAGUAAAACCUCUCAUAUUUUUAUAGACCAAAGAGCAAAACAACAACUACGACCAUUAGGGCGGAGCGGCCCGUCUGGCGGAGACACAGGGAGAGACUCCGUGAACUCGCUUGCUUGUGUCGCCACCGACCGAUGACUGCCCCCCCCCCCCCCCCCCCCCCCCCCCCCCCCCACAGAGGACACACGGUGCACAGGGGGACAAGCCCUGCGCUCGUUCGGUGGCGCAUGGACCGUGCAAAAUCAAAGGAGUACUUUUAAAACCUUACAGACUUUUUUUUUGGUUUUGUUUUGGUUUUUUUCUCAGACUAAGCCCACCACUGUAUUUUGGAACCGGAGAUAUAGUUACUACAUACGUAUAACUGUGUAUCGAGUAAAAAAAAACAAAAAAAACAAACAAAAAAAAUUUAUCUGAUUUGCAUUUUUCAGUAGCUACGGUUUGGGACAGCUUGCAGGAAAGGAAUUGUCGGGUUGGUCGCGGGCGAGACGCGCAAAAUCAUAUCAGAGAAAUGAUGGAUAUCUGCAGAGAGUAUAAAUGCUGUGGAGUCUGCGGAGGAACGUGAAGAAUUGUCAUUAAAUGUAUUUUGAAAGGCCCGAAAAAAGUUAUAUAUUUAACAGUUUUAUAUGUUGUACCUUUGUAGAGAAGCUUAUUGGACUUAAAAAUUGUGGUCGCAAUGGCGGUUUAGUAGGUUGUGAACAAACGCUGUUGUUCCCGUCACUGCUGGCUCGUAGUCCCCGGGUUUUUUCGGUUCACACCUCAGUAGCCGCUUUCUUUUCAUGGCCAUCGACGAGUCACUGUCUAUCCCAAACCAUUCAUGGAAAGAAGAAGAAGAAGAAGAAGAAGAAGAAGAAGAAGAAGAAGAAGAAGAAAAAACAAAAAAGGGAAAGCGACACAAUUUAUUGAGGACUGAUCUGCAGCCAACUGAACGUUGUAAAUCUAUGGUAGUCAGUGGAAGCCAUUGAAAUCUGCUAAUUUGCUAUGAUAUUGUAUUGUACACGGUGUGGAAUACUGACUCAUUUCCUCUCUAUGGGUUUUUGAUCUCUUAAUUUAUUUUUGUGCUUUUGUGUUGGUUCGCACAAAAUCUGGCCUCUCUCUCUCUCCAGCGCCGAGGAAGACGACACGGAGAGGGAGAGACAUGACGAGAGAGAGAAAGAGGAAGCGGAGGACGCGUCGCAGAAGUAUUAGAGUCAUUUACAUCCAUUUUUUUAAUCAUGAAAUAUUUUAAGAAUAAAUUAAAUACAUGAAAA